AUGCCCAAACGAACCCAAGGAGUCCUCAAAGCGCUUGGUCUCCGCCAUCGAAUGACCACAGUGUUCUACCCCGUCACACCCGAAGUAGCAGGUCAGAUCAUGAGAGUGAAAGAGUUGGUCUCGGUAGAGGAAGUGGAUAGGCCGUUGUCGAAGGAGGAAUUGAAGGCGGAGAGAAGACCGGAUCCAGGGUUUUGGCUAGAGAAAGCUGCUCCACGCUGA